AUGGAGGUUCCGGUUAUUAACAGAAUAAGCGAUUUUGACGUCGGUAUAAACGACCCCGCAUUAUCAUCUCGAGCUUUUGUUGUCUCCGGCGUCGGAAAGUUACAUCACGCUUAUAGUUUCUGGAAAUGGGGCGGUUUAUUGCUAAUUGCAUUUCUUGCUUCAUUCACCGCUUUGAGUACUAGGGUCAAGAGCUUAGUCCCUAGAUUAAGAAAUCAUGUAGACGUAUCUCUACCUUCUUCAGCUCUUAUCUACGAUUACGAUAGCGACUCCGAUUCUUCUUGCUCGUCAGACUCCUCGGACGAUGGGGAAGACGAAGAUUACGACGAUGACAAAGAACAUGACUUGGACACUUACGAUUUACGCCUUCGGAGAUUUAAUAUCUUGGCGGAUCUUGGUGGCCUCGGCUCAAGCGGAGUCGUGAAGCUAUGGGACCAUCUUGAUGUCAAGAAAGAAGGAACGGUGGCUUCUUUCUUGAGCAACUGCGUCGCUGCUUCGUCGUUGUCGCCGGCGGUUUUAUUAGCGGCGGAGAAGAAAGGAUCCGACGCCGUCGUGGAAGUGAGUGCGUGGGAUGCACGUGCCGGAUUCGGGAUGCCGGCGUUGCUCGCGGAAUGGAGGCAGCCGGGGCGGUUACUCAGAAAGAUCGUUAGAGUCAACGCUGGUGACGUGGACAAGAUCUACGUCGGUGAUUAUGUCAGCGGGGAGAUCAUGGUGGGAGAUUUGAGGAUGGUUAACGAUGCGCUGACGGAAUUGACGGUUUCAGACGUCGUUAGUACGGUGAGCUGUAGACGGCGUCGUUGA